AUGCCGAAGAAAACUACAAAAUCUGACCUGAGUUUUAACCAUUUGUGCAGUAAAAUUGAAUAUUGUGAAAAAUGUGGUGAUGUUCCUUCCAAACGAGAAAACAAACUUACAUCCAGUAGCAAACAUGCUAGAAACCAGGUAGGAGAUUGCAAUAGGCCUAGUUAUAAAAUAGAUCAACAAAUUACAAGGAAAUAUUCCAACAAUCAUAAGAAUCAAAUACAACAAUUCUAUAGAAAUGAGAAUUUCCAUCAAUCCUCUCAUUCAGUCAACACAACGGACAAUAUAAAAAAAAUAUCUCUUAACACAAUUCUGGAACAAUCAGAAAAAGUAUCAGAUACAGAAAGAAGUAUUUUAGAAAUAUACCCAGAUUCUGACGAAGAAAUAACAUUCAUGGAUCCCGAUGAUUCAGAAAAUUUGUCAAAAAUAAAGGAAUUCAGGAAUAAAAACUACUUUGAGUGCCAUUCAGCUAAAUCCAGGGUUAAGCAUAAUGUUGCUACUAUAAAAAAUCAUAAAUGUGUUUACAGGUUUUAUUUAAACGAAAGAUUAUUUCCUGUUCCUAUGAACACAGAUUAUGAAAAUAAUAUACGCUGUAUAGAAUGCUAUUUGCCUUUACAAAAUAAUUGUACAACUAUAAAUGGUACAAUACAAGCUAAAGUCAAGAUAAACAAUGAAAUUCAAGACAUGCUUUUAAUGUUGCCAGUUAAAAAUUCUUUGAUUGUUAACCAAAGGAGAAAAAAGUUUGAUAGUAAAGAGGAUGAAAGCAUAUACUUUGGGAUAAUAAAAUUAGAUUUAAACGGAAACUCUGUAUUCAAAAAAUCAAUACCUGAAGAUUCCUUAGCAUUGAAAUAUCAGAAAGGGUACAAAGAAUUUUCAAAAUAUGAAAAAUAUGAAUAUGACAGUUUAAAAAAUGAUGAUAUUGUUAUUAUUUAA